AUGGAGUAUCUCACUCGCAUUCUUAUCAAGGCUUCCAAGGAUAACCGAUUUAGGUUUCAUCCUUUGUGUAAGUCAUUGAAUCUUAUUAAUCUUUGUUUUGCUGACGACCUCAUUAUCUUUUGCAAAGCUACCACUUCCUCUGUUCAAGUCCUUAUUGAGGCAUUUGCUGAGUUUGGUUGUUCUUCAAGUCUAAAGAUUAAUUAUUCCAAAUCUCAUAUAUACUUUGGAGGUGUUUCAGCUGAGGUUAAAACGAGAAUAUUGGUCUAUUCGCAGCUUGUUGAGGGUACUUUCCCUCUGAAAUAUCUUGGGGUUCCCCUUCGACCCACCAAAUGGAAAUCAGCAGACUGUGAUAUUAUUUUUAAGAAGAUUCAGAUGCGGCUCAAUAGUGUUGUGAAGGAUAUUGAUAAAGUUUGUCGUCAGUGUCUUUGGGGUGAGAGUGGUUCCCGUAGUAAAUUUCAUUUUACCUCUUGGGAACAAGUUUGUCAGCCUAAGCCUUUUGGUGGUUUGGGAUUUCGUGAGGGGGCUAUAUGGAAUAAACUGAAGCUUGCCAAUUAUCUUUGGGCAAUUGAAUCUAAACAAGAUCAACUUUGGGUUAAGUGGGUGAACUGUGUUUAUCUGAAAGGAGUCAGUCUCUCGGAUUAUAUACCAAAGGUUUAUUCAAGCUGGUAUUGGAGGAAGCUGAUGUUCUUCUAUAAAUCAAUUUCGAGGUCUGAAUUGCAGGCUGCAGUGAAUAAAGGAAAGCUACAUCUGGGUACUUUAUAUACUCAGCUUCUGUCGAGUGAGCGAAUUACUUACGAAAGACCUGUUUGGUGUAAGCUCUCGGUGCCUAAACACAGAUUCAUACUGUGGCAGGCUAUAAACCAGCACCUUCUCACUAGGGACUUACUUGCUUCUCAUCACAUUCCAAUAGAAACUAUGAGAUGUCCCGUUUGUGAUCAUGUUGAGGAAAGCCAUGACCAUCUAUUCUUUGAUUGUAUUUUCUCUAGGAAGGUCUUGCUGCUGGUAUCUUGUUGGCUUGGAGGGGUUACCAAGCCUGGUAAAUUUGCGGACUAG